AUGUCCCACUAUCCUUUCUCUCGAGCAGCGGCAGCCCUGCGUCCGAAGAGCGCCCUUCGCUCCUACUCCACAAAGAGCAUCGACUCAAUUCUCAUUGCAAAUCGAGGAGAGAUUGCUCUGAGAGUCAAUCGUACUGCUGCUCAGCACGGCAUCCGCACAACUACAUUAUACACGAAUCCAGAUGCUCUUUCACAGCAUGCUCUUUCCUCGCCUUUCUCCUUCAAUCUCGGCGCAACAGCCGCUUAUUUGGACCAAGAGAAAAUCCUCCGGAUAGCAAAACAAGAGGGCUGUCAAGCCAUCCACCCUGGCUAUGGCUUCCUGUCCGAGAAUGCAGAGUUCGCAAAGAGGUGUGCAGAAGAGGGUGUUACUUUCAUUGGCCCUCCUGCAAGCGCCAUUGAGGAUAUGGGUGACAAAGCUAGGAGCAAAGAGAUCAUGAACGCGGCGGGUGUUCCUUGUGUACCAGGCUACCAUGGAUCAGACCAAGCUCCGGAAACACUCGCGCAAGAGGCGGAUAAGAUUGGCUAUCCUGUCCUGAUAAAAGCUGUUCGGGGUGGAGGAGGCAAGGGCAUGCGAAUCGCAAAAUCUGCUCAAGACUUUUCAGACAUGCUUGAAAGUGCAAAGAGUGAGGCGAGGAAUUCCUUUGGGAAUGAUGAAGUCCUUGUCGAGAAAUACAUCACCACACCACGUCACAUUGAGGUUCAAGUAUUUGCCGACAAGCACGGGAAUUGUGUUGCUCUUGGUGAGCGAGAUUGUUCCAUUCAACGCCGUCAUCAGAAAAUCCUCGAAGAGUCUCCGGCUCCCAACUUGGAAGACUCGAUUCGGAAAGAUCUGUGGGACAAGGCGCGAGCAGCUGCACUUGCUGUCAACUACGAAGGAGCAGGUACCGUUGAAUUUAUUUUCGACAAUGACACGGGUGCGUUCUACUUUAUGGAAAUGAAUACCCGACUCCAGGUGGAGCACCCUGUCACCGAGAUGGUAACCGGUCUGGAUCUUGUGCAUUGGCAGAUCUUGGUUGCGGAAGGCAAACCACUCCCUCUUACCCAGGACCAAGUCGAAGAACAGAUUUCUCAACGUGGACAUGCCAUCGAAGCUCGAAUCUACGCUGAGAACCCAGACAAGGGAUUUAUACCCGAUUCUGGCAAACUUCUACACGUUCGACUCCCCAAGGAAACCGCAGACGUGCGGAUAGAUAGCGGAUUUGUGCAAGGCGACGAAGUUUCGAGCCACUAUGACCCCAUGAUCGCCAAGCUGAUUGUUAGGGGCGAGACCCGAGAAGACGCUCUACGCAAAAUGGUUGCUGCGUUGCAAGACUACGAAGUGGCUGGACCAGUAACGAACAUCGACUUUCUCAAGAGAAUAUGCAAAUCUCCCGACUUCGUUAGUGGUGAGGUCGAGACAGGCUACAUUGGAAAACACCACGAGGAGCUCUUCCCGCAGAUCAACGUCACUUCCGAAGUCCUUGCCCAGGCGGCAAUUGCUUCGUUUCUCCGCCAUUCAAAUGCUUACAACUCGACUGCAACGGCUUCGCGCUGGCAAUUAUCUUCCCCCUCGUGGCUGAAUACAUCGUCCGACUUCCAGCCACGAACCUUCCAAUUCACCACCGCGAGCUUUGAACCCGAACCUGGAAAACAAACCGAAAUCCUUGCCGUGGAACUUCAACAAAUAAGACCAGGAACAUUCUCUGUAUCGACUCUGAACUCUGACCCGAUGUCCGUUUCCUCGUCCUUUGACCCUGAAUCAAAUACAUUGACAACGUACUUUCCCCAUUCACGACACACCUCACACAUCAUAUUUUCUCCUCCCUCGAUUUCAUCGGGCUCUGCAUCAAACCCGGAAGCACUCCACCUCUUCACUCCGCACGGCUCUUUCCUUCUAUAUUCUCCUUCGCCUUCAUGGCUCCAGAAAGCCCUCGGCGUGACCGAGAAGCCCAAUUCGCUGCUGUCCCCCAUGCCAGCUAAGAUCCUUCGCGUACUCGUCUCACCGGGAGAUGUGGUGAAGAAGGAGCAGCCGUUAAUUGUUAUUGAGAGCAUGAAGAUGGAGACGGUUAUAAGAAGUCCAAUGGAAGGGGCUAAAGUGCAGAGAAUAGUGCAUGGAGAGGGCGAGGUGGUUGCGAGUGGUGUUGCCUUAGUAGAGUUUGAAGAAGAUGGGACAAACACGGAAGCAAAAUAA